CUUUCGUGUUGUGUGUUGACAGAUGACGACAGUGCAGGCGCCACCCCAGACGGGUCAUGCCCUCUCGUCACCUUCCUCGGUGCCGUCGCCGCUCUCUCCAGAAGAUUCUGGCUCGGUAUCUUUAGGAUUGCCACCUAGACGGCCACCAUCCAUCACCACAAGCGUCGCAGAGGCACGAGAAGCACCCAAGGCGACGUCGGAGGUUCCGGUCAACGAGACGAGGAACCAGUCCAAGUACGACUUUGUGAAGGUUCGGGUGUGGGUUGGAGACCACUUCUACGUUCUGUCGCGGUAUUUGGUGUGUCGCGCGCUGGUGUCGACAAAGAUCAAUUCGCGGGAUGCUGUGACAAUCUCACUCGAACUCAAAAAGACCCUGGUGGACUUGGCGCUUACUGACAUUGCGCAAGAGCAGUUUGAGAACUUCCUUUACAAGACGAUGUUGGUCUACGGCUAUGGCGAAUCUCAUGUCGAGUGCUAUCGCAUGAUGAGCGCAUUUCAUCGGAAUCGCACGCCACUGCUCAUCUUCUUGGCGGGAACUUCGUGCUUAGGCAAAUCCACACUAGCCACCAAGCUGGCCGAUCGACUCAAUCUUUCAAGCGUCCUGCAAACCGACCUCAUCUUCGAGCUCAUGUGCAACUUCUCGGGCAAGUCGGAAACGUCGUUGUCCGACACAAUAUUUGCGUCCGAGGAAGCACUCUUGGCGCAGUACAAGGACGAUUGUUCGAUUGUACGCAAGGGGGUCAACAGCGAUAUCGACAAGUGCUUGAAAGAAGGCAAGUCUCUUAUCAUCGAGGGGCUCCACAUCGACCCACGUCUGUAUCAAGCGGAGGUUGCCAGCCACGUCCCAUCCGGGGGAAUAGUUAUUCCGUUCUUGCUCACGAUCAACGCAGACGAUCACAAGUCGUUCAUUGAAUCAUCGCCCGACCCUCGAUACAAACUCGAGAAGGCGGCCAAUUGCUUCAAGAGCCUCCAAGCUGUCCAGACGUACCUGAAAAAGGACUCGGCGCCGUUCAUCGAAAUCCCCGUUGACAUCCAUUCGUUGCAUGGGACACUCGAUGCCAUGCACGACGUCGUGCUGCAGCGCAUAGAACAGGUCUACCGCUCCACGGCAGUGAGUAACUCUGCAUAAUGCUUUUCCCCUCGAGCUCUGCAUGGACAAGUCCCGUUUGUCCUCGGCGUCGUCUGGCCUUCGCACCCCACGCUCGACUACGUCACCGAAAUUGGGUUGAAGUACGGACAUGGAGCGGCCAUUGGACGGUUUUGAUUGGCCCGAUUGCUCCUUCUUGAGCUCGGAUUGGAUAGAACUUUACUCGCCGACGUUUGAUUGGCCCGUUGGUAAAUAUCAACUCUGGGUUUCUGGUUUGUC